AUGGCUGACCAUCCCAAGCUUGCGCCCAGAUCCACAGAGGAUAUCGAGAACCAAAUGUUGGUUGACAAAGCAGAGUGUAAAAUUUCUGUGAAUGUUGUGGAUUUCUAUCAUAACAAUUGCAUGGUGGUUAUUGAGACCCAAGAGAUCGAGAUCGACAAAACAGGAAAGGUCAUUUAUUCUCGAUUCAAACUCCAUUUGUCUUCGCUGGAGCUUCACGCUCCUGUUUUGGCCAACUUCUUGACCCAGGCGUUAGAGAGUGUUGAAGGGACGGAAGAAAAUCCAGUGAUCUUGCCUUUCACAACUCGAGAAUUCACUUGUUUCCUUGAUUGGAUUCAUGAUAGAGAGUGGCGACCUUUCAAGAUAACGGAAGAAAGUCUGGUGGAUCUUCUGAGGGUCUCUUCAACCUUGAAGGCCGAUGAUGGGAUUUCUUACGCUGUCAGUGGUCUGGAAAGUUUACGUUUACCUUCUGCUAGGAUGUUACAACUGGUUGGUGAUUUUCAUCACCUUCCAGAGGUUCAUUGUUGGGUUGGUCCAGCAGUCAAGGAUCCUAUUCAGAGGCCUCUUGGUGAGAUAACAAACUCUGAGGCUCAGCAGAUAGCAGCUGCCUAUCCGACCAUAGCUAGAACCCGGGAGAACAUCCAGCGUUUACUCACCCAAGUAUCUCAGAGGUCGUUUGCUCUCAAACUCGCAGAUAAGGACCAGCAAGAAGAAGCUGAUCUUUGUUUAACCCAUAAAGAAUGUCAAAAGGCCUGGAAAUCGGUUUGGAAAGAGAACAUUGGCUAUCUUCUCCUUUACUUCCAGAAGCCUCUCACCUACAGGGAGCUUCUUCAAGUACUACAAAACACAGAUUUCCCCAAAGUAAAUCCGUCUUGCAAAGCACGCAUGUUGAAUUGGUUAUCAAGGAAAAGCGAUUAUCCUGGUAUGAAGGAACUGUUGGAAGAAGCGGUGGGUUCAAUUGAGGACAUAUACCACGUCCCUAGAAGAGGUCCAGCUCCAGAGAACGUACUCCUAGCCCUAAAUUUGUGUCGCGAUAAAGAUUAUCAGGAUCUUCAACUGUAA